AUGAGCAAACGAAAAUCGGACCUAGGUGACCAGGUCAUGGCCAAUGCGGGCAACGAAGACGAGGAAGAAAGCGGUGAUGAGGACUUCGACAUGCUCAAUGUCGAAUUCGAAUGGUUUGAUCCGCAAGAGCUCGAUUUCCAUGGCAUCAAGUCGCUGCUCAGUCAACUCUUCGACGUUGACGCUCAGAAGCUCGACAUCUCGGCUAUCACGGAUCUGAUUCUGGGUCAGCCGUUGCUUGGGUCGACCGUCAAGGUUGAUGGGCAGGAUACAGAUGCUUACGCUUUCUUGUCGGUCCUUAACUUGCAAGCGCAUGCUGAAAAGUCCUUCAUGGCGCAGUUGAUUCAGUAUCUCAAGUCACGAGCAGCAUCUAAUCCUCAUCUUGCCCAGUUGGGUAAUCUUUUCUCGCAAUCGCCAACGCCAGCCAUUGGGCUCAUCCUGACGGAUCGGCUUAUCAAUUGUCCUUCAGAGGUCGUGCCGCCCAUGUAUACCAUGCUGCUGGAGGAGGUCGAAUGGGCGCUUCGGGAGAAGGAGCCGUACAACUUCACCCACUAUCUCAUUGUGUCCAAGACGUACACGGAAAUCCAGUCUAAGCUUGACAUUGAAGACGAUCGGCCCAAAAAGAAGCAGAAAGGAGCAGGCGGUGCCUUCGAGAUCAUGUAUUUUCACCCCGAAGAUGAGGUCUUUGAAAAGCACGCGCUGUGCGCCGGUGGAUUCGAUUAUGCUACGAAGCGAGAUGAAGGCCAGUCGGAUUCGAAACGUGCUUUCCAGGAGAUGGGCAUCAAGCCGCAGGGCCAUGCCAUCCUUAUCGAGGCCUCUAAAUUCAAGGACGCUGUGAAUGCUGUGGCCGACUACCUCAAACCUUCGGCCUAG